AUGCGGUCACACCAUUGCCCAAACAGCAGCAGAUUUCCCUUGCCUUUUCUAGGAUUGGCUCUCGUGCUGCUGAUAUCCUUGGCCCCUCCGACCAGCUCCUGCACGGAGCAGGAGAAGAGCUCCCUCCUCCAGCUCCUUGCUGGGUUCUCGCAGGACGGCGGCCUCGGGGCGUCAUGGCGGAACGAUACGGACUUCUGCACUUGGGAAGGGAUCACCUGCAGCCCCAACAGGACGGUCAGUGAUGUUUUGUUGGCCUCUCGAGGCCUCGAGGGGUCCAUCUCACAGUUCAUUGGAAAUCUCACCGGCUUGUUGCGCAUCAACCUGUCGUGCAACUCACUGUCCGGUGGCUUGCCGCUAGAAUUGGUGUCAUCCAGCAGCAUCCUUGUCCUUGAUGUCAGUUUCAACCGCCUGACAGGAGCACUGAGCGAGCUGCCAUCUUUAACCCCUGCACGGCCUCUGCAGGUAGUGAACAUCUCAAGCAACUUGUUUACAGGAAGGUUUCCAUCCACAACAUGGGAAGUGAUGAAGAGCCUGGUCGCGCUCAAUGCCAGCAACAAUAGUUUUACUGGGCAGCUACCAACUACACUCUGUCUCAGCGCACCAUCUUUUGUUGUGCUUGAACUCAGUUUUAACGAAUUCAGUGGAAACAUUCCUCCUGGACUCGGUAAUUGCUCCAUGCUGAAAUUGCUCGGCGCUGGCUACAACAACCUCAGUGGGACUCUUCCAGACGAGGUCUUCAAAGUCACCUCAUUAGAGCACCUCUCUUUACCUAACAAUUGGUUAGAAGGAGCACUUGAUGGCAUCAUCAAGCUCACAAAUCUGGUCACCCUUGAUCUUGGGGGCAACAAGCUCAGCGGCAAUAUUCCGGAUUCCAUAGGUCAGCUGAAGAGUUUGGAGGAGCUGCAUUUGGAACAAAACCACAUAUCAGGGGAGCUGCCAUCAGCUCUGAGCAAUUGCACACAUCUCACAACAAUUAGCUUAAAGGGCAACCAAUUCCAUGGAGAACUUACCAAGGUCAACUUCUCAAACCUGCCCAAUCUAAAAAAAAUAGAUCUUCUGCACAAUAACUUCAUCGGCAACAUUCCAGAAAGCUUAUACUCGUGCAGCAAUCUGACUGCACUACGGCUCUCGGGCAAUCAUUUACAUGGCCAAUUGUCAGAAAAGAUAGGCAAUCUGAAGUCUCUCUCGUUUCUAUCAGUUGCUAACCUCUCCCUUACGAACAUCACAAGAACACUUCAGAUCCUUGGGAGAUCCAGGAGCCUGACCAACCUUUUUAUUGGGUCUAACUUCCUGCAUGAGGCCAUACCAGAGGAUGACAGCAUUGAUGGUUUUGAAAAUCUUCAUGUUCUUUCUAUGAGUGAUUGUUCAUUGUCUGGAACAAUACCUGGUUGGUUAUCCAAGCUCACACAUUUAAGGAUGCUAUUUUUGCAAAGCAAUCAACUAACUGGACCAAUACCUGAAUGGACCAGCAGCCUGAACUUGCUCUUCUAUUUAGACAUAUCAAACAACAGCUUCAUAGGUGAAAUUUCAACUGCCUUAAUGGAGAUGCCAAUGCUAAAAUCAGACAGGACUGCGCCAAAGGUCUUCUUUGAACUGCCUGUUUAUCUUUUCAGUCCAUUUAUCCAAUACCUCAAACCUGGUGCUUUUCCUAAAGUGCUUAAUCUAGCCAUCAAUAAUUUCACUGGUGCGAUCCCGGAGGAGAUCGGUCAGUUAAGAGCACUCGUCGCACUCAAUUUAAGCUCCAACAAAUUAUCAGGAGAGAUCCCUCAAGAGAUCUGCAACCUCAGGAACCUGCAGGUGCUCGACUUGUCUGUUAAUCAUCUUACUGGUAUAAUUCCAGCUGCACUGAACAAUCUGAACAUCCUUUCUGAGUUCGACAUUACUAACAAUGACCUAGAAGGCCCUAUUCCAACCGGAGGGCAGCUUAGCACGUUUCCAGAUUCUAGCUUUGAUGGAAACCCAAAAUUGUGUGGUCCUGUGAUUGCAAACCCUUGCGGUUCAGCCGUAGCAGAUCCAGAGCUCACCAACUCCAGAGAACAGAUCAGCACUAAUGCCAUCUUUGCGAUUGCCUUUGGUGCUUUCUUUGGAGUAGGAGUCCUAUAUGAUCAGAUGGUCCUAACCAGAUAUUUUGGCUAG